AUGGCGCAUUGUCUGACCUCCUUCCUUGCAGCCGCCGUGGUCAUGUGUGGUCUUGGCUGGACUCAUGUCUCGGCAUAUGAAUCCCAUGACUAUAACGUUCCGGUGUAUAAGGAGACUCAGUUGGAUCAAGCAAGACGCCUGUUGAAGAAAGCUGAAGAACAGAAGUACAAGGCGCAUGCUGCGCUUCAAGCGGCAUUACAAAGCAGCGAGUCUUUACGAUCAGCCGUCGAACUGAAAAAAGGCGAAGUUGAAAAGCUGCACGAGCUUAUAUACGCUCUUGAAAAGCAGAAGGAAAAAGCAUAUGCCAGAAAGGAGUAUGCAUAUAAAGCCGCAGAAGAGGCAUCAGAACUGGAAGAGUCGACCGCAAAAUAUGUGGAGAAUUUACAGGAGCAAGCUGAGGUGGCAAGGAAGUUGGCGGCAGCUAAGGCUUAUGAGGCAGACCAAGCAUGGGCAGCAGCGAACACCGCCCAACAGUCCGCCGAUUACCCCGAUGCCCCAUAUAUUCUGAACCUAGUGGAAGAGGCCCGGCUUGCAGAGAAAGCUGCACUGGACGCCAAACACGCAGCAGAUUACGCGGACGAAGAGUUGGCCAAGGCUGAAAGUGAAAAAACGAUGGCUUGGAUCAGAGCCUCGUCAGCGUUUGAAGAGCGCAGCGUGGCGGAAGCGGUGUAUGACGCCAAGUGCGAAGCUUUGGCCAAUGCUAAAGCUGCUUUCGAUAAGGCCCGUAGUGAACUUGUUGUCGCAGAAAAAAAUUUAGCCCCUGUUGAAGCGAAGAUCAAAGAGUUGAAGAGCGUUUUCGAAGAGAAGGCUGCUCGUGUGAAAAAACUUCAAGAGAUUGUCAAGAAGUUGGAAGCCUUCACUGGAAAGUAUUACACACCGCACAAUUCUGGGUAUCCAGAUAAUGGGGAUGGCAAAGAGACUGGUGGCGGAAACAGAAGGCAGAUAGGGAAUAGAGACGAGAAUGGUGACGGCAAAAGAAGGCGUAAAGGGAGUAGCGAAGAGAGUGGCGAAGGCAACAGAAGGCGUAAAGGGAGUAGCGAAGAGAGUGGUGAAGGCAAUAGAAGGCGUAAAGGGAGCAGCGAAGAGAGUGGUGAAGGCAACAGAAGGCGUAAAGGGAGUAGCGAAGAGAGUGGUGAAGGCAACAGAAGGCGUAAAGGGAGUAGCGAAGAGAGUGGUGAAGGCAACAGAAGGCGUAAAGGGAGUAGCGAAGAGAGUGGUGAAGGCAACAGAAGGCGUAAAGGGAGUAGCGAAGAGAGUGGUGAAGGCAACAGAAGGCGUAAAGGGAGUAGCGAAGAGAGUGGUGAAGGCAACAGAAGGCGUAAAGGGAGUAGCGAAGAGAGUGGUGAAGGCAACAGAAGGCGUAAAGGGAGCGGCGAAGAGAAUGGUGGCAGACAAGGAAAAACUGGUAACAAAAAACCUAAUGGCAAAAUUGUAAAAACCUACUACACGCCAUACGCUUAUGAACAUGACAGAUAUCAGCCUGUCAGAUAUCAGCAAAAGGCGUCUCGGCAAUGGGUGCCCUCCCAGAGGAAAGUUAAUAACAGGGGAAGCAGAAAGAGUGAAUCAAACAGACUAAGGUACGAGGCCGCUAAGGACGUAGCCAACUUUUUCCAGACUCAAGCUGGCGCCAUACAGGCAUACAUACAGCAAGCCGUUCAGAUGAAACGGAAUGCCAAGCGAGUUCUGACUCAAUGCUAUGCCGAGAUCGAGUCGGCAAAGAGUUUAAAGGCGGCCCGUAUUUCCGAGGCGGCUCGAAUGGCCAAAGAGCUUCAGCGUUUAGAGGGCGAGAAGGCGGCGGCCGAAGCUGCUCAUCAACAGGCGCUUCAUGAGUUCAACCAGGCCAAACCUCCACACGUGGCCUCCGCCGCUGACGCGGCCCGAGCCAGACAGCAGGCGGAAGCUGCCCUCAAGCGCGCCAACGAAUUGUCGCGAGAGGCUGCGGCACUGUGGGCCGAGGCCAAUGCUGCUCAGCAAUCCACCAAGUGGGUACCGGCUACGAACGUAAAGCCAAACUCACCGGGCAACCACCAUGGCAAUCAGCAAACAGCCAUUUCGUAUGGCUCUCAGGCCACCGCACAGGGUACUGGAAACGUCCGCGUCCAAGCAAAGGUUGCUCCCGACGCUUCCAAGCUCACGGAACGCGCGAAGGCGGCAGAAUACGCGGCGGCCGUGGCGCAAUCCGAGGCUGAACACAUGAACGAAUUGGCUAGGGCGGCGGAAAAGGCUGCCCGUUCCACCUGGGACGCCAUCACGCCGAACGCGCAUUCGUACCACGAAGCGGAUGCCCGUUACAAUGCGAUUGCCUUAGAGUACUCUCACAAGAAAGCCAGCUAUGACGCAGCCGUGUUAUCCGUAAACGACGCCACGAAUUUGAUAUUUACCAAACAAGCUGACAUAAAAGACGCCAAAGCCCGUAUCAAGAAGGCAGAGGCCAAGAUUGACGAGUACCAGACACAGCUCAACAACAUUUUGGUGGUCGCCAACUACGCCGCCGGGGUGGCACAGUACAUCAAAGAAGAGACGUACGCUAGCACCACGGCACUGACGGCACAAACGGCGGCCAGCACAGUGGCCAGCACAGUGGCCAGCACAACCACCGCGCCUCAGGUGACCACCAGUGGGACAGCCCCCGGAGGAGCUGCUCCUCUAAACACCAAUGACUUUCUUCAGGAAAUGCUACUUAUGCAAGCUAGACAAGCAAAUCGUGGCCGGCAAUCCGUUCCAGGCAUCGGGACAGGCAGAACGAGGAACAUUGCUCAAAGGAAAUACGCUCAGCGUGUUGUACAAGACAUUCUGGGGAAAAAAAUCGACGAAGCUCUGCGGAUCGCCAACGAGGCCGACGCCAAGUUGCAAGCUGCUCGCCAAGCUGUCGCUGCUGCCAAACACUCUGCGCAUGCGUCUCACCAGGACGUGGAAUCAAAGUACUCUGUGGUCGCCCAUUUACGAAAAGAAGUACAACGUCUAACCAAAGAGAAGGAAGCAGCUGAGUACGCAAAACACGCCUCCAAGAAAGCAGCCGAUUAUGCCGAGCACCAAGAGAAAGCAGCUGCAGAAGAACUUGAGAAAGCCAAACAACAAGUUGACACUAUGCGUAUUCUGGUUGCAUCACUCAUCCCAGCUGGCUUACCACAGACAGAGAUCGUUAUUGUGAAUUCAAACGCUCACAGGCUCGAACAGGAGGCGGCCUACGCCGAGAACCUGGCACGGCAGGCCAAACAGGAAGCUCAUCACUACGAGCAGAUGAUGGCCAAGGCUCAUAGCCACUCCACAAAGGUAUGGAUUGACAGCUCCAAAGUGUUCGAGGAGCACCGUGUUAAGGUGGCAGUGUACGAGUCAAAGUGCGAGGCUCUCGCCAACACUAAGGCCGCUUACGCCAAAGCUAACAUGGAACUGCUGGCCGCCAAGGCUCACUGGACCCCUAAAAACGACGCCCUGCACAAGGCUGAGGCGUAUCUGGAGUCCGCCCUGGAGAAAGCUGGGGAGUACUGGGCCGUGUACAAAGCCUUGGUUCAGUUGACCGAGUGCCCGACACGCAUACCGGCUGUCAUUAGAUUGCCAGCACCCGCACCCGCACCCCGACCGAUACCGGCACCGCCACAAAGGGGUGGCGGGUCUUCUUCUGAGGAGAAUAACGGUCGCCGACAGGUAGCCAGAGGUGCUACAAACGGCGGCGGAUCAUCGUCAUCGGAGGAAACUAACAGAGCAGGCGUAGGACGCCAUGCGGCGAGAGCGGCAAACGGCGGCGGAUCAUCGUCAUCGGAGGAAAAUAACGGGGCGGCUGUAGUGCGUCAGGCGGCCAGGGGAGCAACUCGUAGGGGAUCGUCCGAGGAGCGCAGUGCCAGACCAAUACAGACAGUCCAGAGGCCUCCUAUCAUCCGGCCUCAGCAUCAAGACCGCCGUUACCCCUAUCAGCAGCCCGCCUGGUCCGCCGGGCGGAAGUGGUCCGCCCAGCGAGCUUACCCUAAAUAUCCCCAGGUGGGCAUGACUAGCGGCAGGCAGCAGUCAAACCGAGUGGAAAGAGUUAACCGAGAUUCCAGCGAGGGAGACUGA